AUGUCGUCAAUUCCACUCUCCGAGGACAACCCCUUUCGGCCGCUGAUCAAGGAGACCAACGAUGAUCCGACCCAGCUUCAACUGCGGUACGAGAACCAUCGAGUUAGUCGAAACAAGCAGCAAAGCGAGAAGAUUCUGGCUGAGAGCUUCGCCGGCUGGACUCUAGAUGAGAUUCUCAAGCGACUUGAUGGACCGGAGAGGGAAGAAGGAUUCGUCGACCCUCGCAACUGUCUUGUGAUCUGGGCCAGACCUCCUGCUCCCAUCCGCGAUCUGAUAUCCUGGAUCCAGAGCGAAUUGAAGGAUGUAGCGCCAUGCAAGUGGAAUCAUUCGAUAUGGUUAAUGCCGCUUCCAAACUUGCACACGACGGUGCUGGAGGUGGCGCACUCCUUGACGGAACAGCAAAUCGAGGAGCUGGUUCAAACGCUCCAGCUCUCGAAGGGCACGACCAAGGAGCAGAUUGUUGAAUACGCAAUGCUUCAUCAGACCCGUCUGCUGAAGCCGAUGGUCAGUUUUGACUCUGCUGCGCUUGCUUUGAGCUUCGUGCCUUCUUCGGGAGAAGGCUUAGGGGUAAGUGGUGGCGACAACCCCGAACGCUACACCUACCACCACCUUCGUCGGGACAUCUUCGAUAUGGUCCGCCAGGCCAGCAUCCCCGUGGCUUCGCGCUAUAUUGUCCCAUCUGCGCAUGUCACCAUCGCGCGAUUUAUCAAUCAUGACGGGUUUCAAGUUCAGGGAGUAGACGGGAAAGAGGAUGUUGAUCGGACGCGUGUGAGACUGCUGAUUGAUAAAAUCAAUGAAAUCAAUCAGAGGUUAGAGGUCGAAUAUUGGCCUCAAGCUGGCGGCACUAUUCCGAAAGGAGGAGAAUGGGUUGUCGGUCAAGAGCAAGGAUUGGUGAUUCGGAGAGGACGAGUCUGGUAUGGAGGGGGCGAGUACGUCUAA